ACUGAAGCAAACCAGCUCAUUUCAACGUUGGAAAAGAAGAUAUUUCAAGCUGCGGGGGAGGACUCUUUAUUAUGCCAAGGAUUCAAAGUCCCUUAUUUUUGAUGAAGUUGACCUAUCGGAUGCAAGUGUUGCCGAAUCAAGCACAAAAAACGUCAACAACAGCUUCACGGUCAUUACACCAUUCCGAAGACUGAUUCUUUGUGCUGAGAACAGAAAGGAAAUGGAGGACUGGAUUUCUUCAUUAAAAUCUGUCCAGAGUAGAGAGCACUAUGAGACCGCACAGUUUAACGUGGAGCAUUUCUCAGGGAUGCAUAACUGGUACGCCUGCUCCCACGCCCGACCUACAUUCUGCAACGUCUGCCGAGAAAGUCUUUCUGGUGUCACCUCUCACGGACUCUCCUGUGAAGUUUGUAAGUUCAAAGCCCAUAAGAGGUGUGCUGUGAGGGCAAUCAAUAACUGCAAAUGGACAACCUUGGCGUCAAUAGGAAAAGAUAUCAUCGAGGAUGAGGAUGGGAUUGCCAUGCCUCAUCAAUGGCUCGAAGGUAACCUGCCCGUAAGUGCCAAAUGUGCUGUGUGUGACAAGACGUGUGGGAGUGUUCUCCGCCUGCAGGAUUGGAGAUGUCUCUGGUGCAAAGCCAUGGUACACACUGCUUGCAAGGAACUGUAUCCCCGAAAAUGUCCUCUAGGCCAGUGCAAAGUGUCCAUUAUUCCACCCACUGCACUGAAUAGCAUUGAUUCUGAUGGUUUCUGGAAAGCCAGUUGCCCGCCAUCUUGCGCCAGCCCACUUUUAGUCUUUGUCAACUCUAAGAGCGGAGACAAUCAGGGAGUCAAGUUCCUCCGAAGGUUCAAGCAGUUAUUAAAUCCAGCUCAGGUCUUCGAUCUCAUGAACGGAGGGCCUCACCUUGGUUUACGAUUGUUUCAAAAAUUUGACAAUUUCCGCAUUCUGGUUUGUGGAGGAGAUGGAAGUGUUGGAUGGGUUUUAUCUGAGAUUGAUAAAUUAAACCUACACAAGCAGUGCCAGCUUGGAGUCUUGCCACUGGGAACAGGAAAUGACCUGGCACGGGUCCUCGGUUGGGGUGGCUCAUGUGAUGAUGAUACACAACUUCCACAGAUUCUCGAAAAAUUGGAACGGGCCAGCACCAAAAUGUUGGACAGAUGGAGCAUUAUGACGUAUGAAAUAAAAAUACCACCAAAACAUGCCCUGGCAGUGACCCCAGAGGAGGAUGCUGAGGAAUCCCAAUUUCAGAUAUCGGCCUAUGAGGAUUCGGUUGCUGCUCACCUCACCAAGAUCCUCAACUCCGACCAACAUUCUGUUGUAAUAUCUUCUGCCAAAAUCCUGUGUGAGACUGUGAAGGACUUUGUUGCCAAAGUUGGAAAAUCAUACGAAAAGACCAACGAAAGUACAGAAGAGAGUGAAACGCUGGCCAAUAAAUGUUCGGCAUUGAAUGAGAAGCUCGACUCACUGCUGCAGGCUCUGAAUGAUGAAUCUCAGGCCAUGACUGGCCACCACUGCUCAACGCCACCCAUUGUGGAGGAGGAAGGAGAAGAAGAGGAGUUUAGUGAGGAAUCCUUAUCUGAGAGCAAGGAACAGGCAUUGGAAAUGAUUCCAGCUCGGUCUUCCACCCAAAAAUUCUUCAAACCAAGGGAACAACUUAUGCUCCGGGCGAACAGUCUGAAAAAAGCAGUGAGGCAAAUCAUCGAACAAGCAGAGAAAGUUGUGGAUGAACAGAAUGCACACACUCAAGAACAGGUUGAAGUGGAACUGAAAAAAGACAUUGAGGAGCACUUGAAGGAGGAGGAGGAGAAGGAGGAAGAGAAGGAGGAGGAGGAGAAGGAGGAGGAUGACACAAAGGAAUCUGUCCAAUCAACUCUCCGAUCUGCUCAAAGAUCCCCUCCAGAGAGACGAAUGCAUCGCACCACCACUUCCUAUACUGGUCCAUUCACAACCUCGCCAUUGACUGCGAGCAAAGAAAAUCUCCCAGUUCUGAACACUAGAAUCAUCUGCCCAGGUUUACGAGCUGGACUUGCUGCCUCUAUUGCUGGAAGUUCGAUCAUCAGCAAAAUGUUAUUAGCGAACAUCGAUCCUUUUGGAGCAACCCCAUUCAUUGACCCUGACCCAGACUCACUAGAAGGAUAUGCUGAAAAAUGCGUAAUGAACAAUUAUUUUGGAAUUGGAUUAGAUGCAAAAAUCUCUUUGGAAUUUAACAACAAACGUGAGGAGCAUCCUGAGAAAUGCAGAAGCCGGACCAAGAAUAUGAUGUGGUAUGGUGUGCUGGGCACUAAAGAGUUACUCCAGCGAACCUACAAGAACUUAGAACAAAAGGUCCAACUUGAGUGCGAUGGACAAUACAUUCCCCUCCCCAGUCUCCAGGGCAUUGCUGUAUUAAACAUUCCCAGCUAUGCCGGAGGAACUAACUUCUGGGGUGGUACAAAAGAAGAUGAUAUCUUUGGUGCACCCUCGUUUGAUGAUAAGAUCUUGGAAGUGGUGGCUGUAUUUGGAAGUAUGCAGAUGGCAGUCUCAAGAGUCAUCAAGCUGCAACAUCACAGAAUAGCCCAGUGUCGGUCUGUGAAGAUCACCAUUCUGGGCGAUGAGGGCGUACCAAUACAGGUAGAUGGAGAGGCAUGGAUCCAACCACCUGGGGUUAUCAAAAUCGUACACAAAAACAGAGCGCAAAUGCUGACAAGAGACCGGGCAUUUGAGAGUACUCUGAAAUCCUGGGAAGACAAACUCCGGUACGACUCCUGCAGGCCAGCUCUUCGGCCUCACUUGUACCCACAGCAGUCAGUAGACCUUGCUACAGAGGAGGAGGCCACCCAGCUCCAGCUCUGUGCCCAAGCAGCUGAAGAAUUAAUCACAAGAAUCUGCGAAGCGGCCAAAAUCCACAGCCUUCUGGAGCAAGAACUGGCUCAUGCUGUUAAUGCAAGCUCGCAUGCACUAAACAAAACCCAUCCAAAGUUCCCAGAGAGUCUUACCAGGAACACAGCAAUUGAGAUUGCCAGUAAUGUGAAAGCCCUGCACAAUGAAACGGAAUCAUUGCUUGUUGGAAGAGUUCCUCUGCAACUGGACUCUCCUCAGGAAGAGCAGCUGUCAACAGCAUUACACCUUGUGGAUGUUGAACUGGGAAAGCUUGCAGAAAUCCCAUGGCUUUAUCAUGUGCUGCAGCCAACGGCUGAAGAGGACCAUUCAUUGGAAUUUGCCAAAAGAAACAGCCGAAGUGCUAUGUUCCGAAUUGUGCCAAAGUUUAAGAAAGAGAAAAGCCAAAGGCAUAAGGCAGCUCCUCAGCCAGGAAUGUGCACUAUUACUGGUAUAGUUUCAGCAGCAAAUGUCUGCCAAUUAGGGCAGACAGAUUCUGGACUUGUUUACAUAUUCUUCUCUCAGGUGCCACCUUGCAGAGGAACCUGUCAUCUUAAAUCUGAGUUUCCUCGUCAGUUAUUUCACAAACCUGCCUUCAACGUGGCGAAAGGCCCCACACGAUAUGCCAUCCAUCUUGAUUUCAGAUAA